AUGACUGCUACCGCUACUCGUACCGGACGCUGGGGGCAGGAACGCCGCCUUGAAUUUAUCGAUUUUCGGCUGCUGUGGGAGCGAAAACUCAAUCGCUCAGACCUGACCAUUUUUUUUGGGAUUUCUGUUCCUCAGGCCUCAUUGGAUUUCGCGACCUAUCAGGAACUCGCCCCUGACAACAUGGCCUAUGACCGAACGCUGAAAGCGUACGUGGCAGGCCCUGACUUCAAACCCGUCCUGACGAACCCGGAUCCAGCGCACUAUCUAAAUGAGCUACUGCAGCGUGGCAUUGGCAAUAUCGCCCCAACAGAUAGUUUCAUCGGUUGGGCGCCCCCAGUGGCGAGCCUACCGUCCCCCAUGAGGCAGGUUGAUCAACAGAUCCUGAUCAAGCUGAUCAGGGCGCUCCAGGCAGGCGAGGCAGUGGAUGUCGACUAUCGGUCAAUGACCAAUUUCGACGAGCCAGCUGUUCGGACGAUCUUCCCCACAUCGUUCGCCCAUGACGGCUUUCGUUGGCACACCCGCGCCUUCUGCUUCAAGUCAGGGAUAUUCAAGGAUUUCGUUUUGGGUCGCAUCAAUGCCCUGAAGGCUUCGUUCGCCCCUCCUUCAGAGGUGCCAGAGGACGUUGAAUGGGAGACCUUCAUCGAUGUGGUGAUCGGCCCGAAUCCGAGCUACCCACCACAAAAGCAAACGGCGAUCGAGCACGAUUACCAGAUGGUGAAUGGCGAAGCUCGACUUAGGGCUCGCAAGCCACAGUUGUAUUACCUAAACCGCCGGCUGAACCUGAACGUGAAGCCAGGCGACCCGGUCAGUGAGCAUCAGCAAAUUGUGAUGCUUCGGAUUGAGAAUGCUCACAAGGAGUCAGCAGCAGAUGAG